AUGGCAGCCCUGAAUAUGUUGGCGCGAUCGGCAUCAGGGGCGCCCUUCAAAGAAAAGUUCCCUCCUUUGUCGCCCGAAGGAAAGGGGCUUCUCGCGGCUGUGGUAGCCAUGUGGGUUCUCGCAACCGCUUGGACUGGGAUGCGGAUCAUCUCGAGAAACAUCAGAAAGUCGGCGUAUUAUGCUGAAGAUCACCUCUACUUCAUCGGCUUCGCCUUGUUCAAUGGCCUGUGCAUCACAUACGUGCUUGCAAUCUGUGUAGGAGGAGCGGGAAAUGAUAUCGGCCGUCUGUCCGAACAUCACAUGUACCAUUACACUCGAAUUUCGAUCGCCAACCAGACCAUGUAUGCCGCGACGCUUUGCUUCAUAAAGAUCAGUCUGGUUGCUAUGAUCCAACGUGUCUUCGCCGCCUCCACGUCCGUCACCCUUCGUAUCGCUAGCUGGGUGACCAUUGUGGUCAUUACCUGCUGGGCUCUCUACACCAUUCUCCUCGGCUUCUUCAUUUGCUUGCCUGUGGGAGCCACCUGGGGGGCUGCCACUCCUACAAGCUGUGGAAACCAGACUGUUGCAUAUUCAGCGGUGGCAGUUAUCGACAUCAUUUCCGAGGUGAUGAUAGUUGCUCUGCCUAUGAGGCUGCUGUCUGGGCUGCAUAUCGCGAGACCACACAAGAUCGGACUCUUUUUAGUUUUUGGCGCCGGAAUCGUCACAAUUGUCUUCUCCUGUGUCCGCCUUAAAUAUGCCCUAAACAUCGACUUCGAUAAUGUCACCAAGUCCUUCGCCGUCGCAUCCGUUUCCUCCAUCCUACAAGCAGGAGUUGCUCUCAUGGUGGCAAGCUCCCCGAUCCUCCGACCCGUCUUCGAUCGAACCAUUCUCCAUUGGCUCGGCGUGUCUGUUCGUAGUACUGGCAGGAAUACCAGCAGCAAUCCUACAGGCGGGCCCUCUGCAUCUCGCCAUCACGCAUCGGCUGGCUACCACGAUGCAAGCCGAAUAAGCCAUCACAAGGGAUUCAGGCAGAUGACGGAUAGCGAGGAGCACUUGGCCUGGGAGCUAAGAGACAUGCAAGGGAAAGGCGGCGAGCAACGGACUACAAUAAAAGCCCAAACCGCGUUGUCUGAUAAUAGCAGCGAUAGGCGGUCUAGAGCGGAGAGUCUUAGCAACGGGCAGAUUAUAGUUACACAGGAGACCAUCGUCAGGUAG